AUAUAGUUUUUCAGUUAAGAAUGUUGACGAAAAUUGCACUUUUAACCAAAAAUAAUUUACGACAACAAUUCCACCACAUAAGAUGGCUGGCUUUUCAAUUCCUUAUACCAAUACUUCUGGUAUUAUUAUUGAUCUUCGCACGUAUCAAAUACAGAAUUAAGAGAAUAGAUGAGAAAACUUUUGCACCCAAUAAUUUGGAAGGUAUUUUAGAAUAUUAUGAUGGUCGUAAUUUAACAUUUAAUUUGGCAUUUUCACCGUCCAAUGAAAUAUUGAAAGACAUCCUAAUAGAUGGAGCUAAAAAGGAGGAGGAAAAUACAAAAGUAAUAUUAACAUUUUACAAUCUUCCAAAAUCUCACCCCAUGAUUUAUGGAUAUGAAAACGCUAAUGCAUUAGAAACGGCGCUUGAAAAAGAUCUAUAUUUUGCUGGAAUAGAAUUUGAGGAUUCAUAUGCCGGUAUUACCGAAUUACCGGAUAAAAUUCACUUUACAUUGCGUUUUCCCAGUGAAUUGCGCACGCAGCCUAAUCACGCGACUUGGCAAACGGACAGUCUAGAGAAUAUCGUUGGCGCGUUUAGGGGUGUUACUAGAUUUCCCGAUGAAGAUAUCUAUUUACAUGAAUUAUUCUUAUAUAUACAAUGGUUUGUAUCUAAAGCUGUUAUGAAGCACAGUAAACAAGUUCCAAAUGUAGCUAUAUGCAGAUUUCCCGAAGCUGCAAAUAUAAAUAAUUUUACUGCAAAUGGUGUAUAUUUAGCCCUGACUAUCUAUGGUGGUUACUUGCUUACUGCAGUCUAUAUGCAAUUGAGUAUUAUACAUGACGUUGAAGGUGGUACUUUAAUACAAACUAAAUUAUUAGGCAUAGAUGUAUGGAUGCAUUGGUUUGCUAAAUUUGUAACGUCUUAUAUAAUUUGCUUUGGUAUCAGCCUAUUUUUAGUUGUACUUUUCAAGUUUAAUUACCGUUCAGACUUGGCAGUUUUAAAUUAUAUUAAUACGAAACUAUUACUUACAUUUUUGAUGAUACUGAGUGCAGCCAUGUUAUGUUAUGCCUCGGUAACGGUGUCAUUCUUUAGAACAAAAGUGCUAUUUAAGCUGAUCUGCAUUACUAUUUGGUUGCUGCCAGUUGCUCUUCUUCUUUUUAAUCACAGUUUUCAUAAAAAUCACAACUUUUGGGUACGAAUAUUGCUAUCACUACAACCCACAUUAGCUUUACUUUAUGGAUGUGAUUGGAUUAGUGAUUACGAGGAAAAUUAUAGCAGAUGUGAUUGGGAUGAUAUAUUCAAUUAUGCUUCAAUGAAUGGAAAUUAUACUUUUUUCUCUGUACUAAUGAUGAUGAUUAUCUCUUGCAUUUUUUACAUUUGCUUAACAUUAUAUUUGGAAGACUUUAUAAAAAAAACCAUUUGGCACCGAAUACGGCACAUUUAUAAGACACGACUUUUCAAUUGGAAUAGAAAUUCGAUGCAGUCGCGCGCUAAAAUUUUUUCCUAUUUUAGUAAACCUGGGCAAUUACUUACCGUUUCCCUCGAUCAAGUAACUUUUAAGCCAUUCAAAAAUAUUUCAAUGGUAGCAUAUAAAAAUGAAAUAACCGUAUUGCUAGGAAAUAAUACCAAAAGUCACAUUCUCUUAGCAUAUAUAAUGGCAGGACUAGUAACGCCUUCAUCCGGUAAUGUUAUGAUAUUGGAUGCGGAAAUAGAAACCAAAUUCAAAUAUCUUCGCAAACAUAUCGGUAUUUAUGUUCCAGAUAUGUUUUCAUAUGAAAAUUUAACUGUAAGAGAACAUAUCCGACUUUAUAGUUACUUACGCAAUUUAACCUAUCAUCAGGUGGACGGUGACGUGGAAAAAUAUAUAAGCCUAUUGGAUUUGUCAAAGUUUGCUGAUAAAAAACUAUUAAAACUAUCAGACGAUAUAAGAUUAAAGGUUUUAAUAUCUUGCGCUAUGUGUGGAAAUACUUCGAUUAUCAUAUUGGCAGAACCAUUCACAACGGCCAGUCCAGCUAUUGUUCAUGAUAUAAUGGAAUUUUUAACAUCUGAAAAAUAUGAUCGCACAAUUAUUGUAUUUACGAAAUUAAGUUAUGUAGUGGAAGCAAUAGGUGAUCGUGCAGGUAUUAUUUUCAAUGACAACUUAGUUUGCUACGGAGAAACUUAUCAUUUAAGAGACACGCUCGGAUCUGGCUAUAACGUGGUUUGUGUUAAAAUGGAGAAUUUUCAAACUGACGAUGUUAUUCGACUUUUUAAAAAAUAUUUGCCUUACUCUGCUGCUGAAACUGAUACACCAAUAGAACUUACAUAUAACAUACCAAAUGAUUAUUUUCACGUUAUGGCGGAAUUGCUCCGAAAUUUGGAGGAAAAUGUUCAGCCAUUAAGAAUAAAAGCAGUUAAGGUAUAUUAUGCGAGUCUGCAUGAAGUGUACUUAAAUGCAACUGAUGAAUCCCAGAAACGAUAUAAUCUACAGCGAAUGAAAAGUAUCUAUCCAAUAGCAGAACAUAGUGCAAUUCCCUUGAACUUCAACCAACAUCAUGCGGUGCAAAAGGGGAAAUCAACGUUUUGCAAACAGUUUUAUGCGAUGUUUUACAAGAACGUUCUAUACACAUCCAAUCAUAUUUGUACUCAUAUACUUCUAAGUGUUGUAAUGAUAACUUUUAUGCUAAUUUUAUAUUUUAUACCGUUCAGAAUGAUAGAACCUUUAGUUCCUAUGACUUUUAGUUUAACACAGUAUCCUGAAGCUUUUAUUCUACUAGAAUCAAAAGAUGUCACAGAUGCCUCACAACUUGAAUUUCUCAACUUGUACAUAGAUUAUGUUUCAUCGUUUGGGGACCGGUACCAUUUUGAGAUAACGGAAUCAUUGCCUAUUCAUAAAUAUAUAUUAAAAUUAUGUGAUAAAAAAUAUGAAGCUGUUAAAAAGCUGUACAUAGCGGGACUCACUGUACAUAAUGAUGGUAUCAUUUGCUGGUUUAACGGUGAUUAUAUACACUCAGCUCCUUUAUCUCUCGGUUUGGCAUUGACGGCAUACCAACGAGAAGCUGAUGGUUCAAAUAAAGAAAUCAUUGUUACAAAUUAUCCACAAAAAUAUGAGAUCGAAUCUUUAGUGCAGUAUUAUAAGACUCGUGUUUCGCAACCAAUAUUAGUGCUGAUUGUAAUGGUUUUUGUUUGUCUUAUAAGUAUAUCGAGUGUAUCUUUCGUGACAUAUGAAAGAACUACAUAUGCCAAGUUAAUACAAUUCAUAAAUGGACUACAUUUUUGGAUCUACUGGGUGUCACAUCUCAUAUGGCAACUGAUUUUCUUCUUAUUUAUACCUAUCGUCGUGGUUGCUGUUGUUAUUUGCAUCUUCUCCACAAAAAGUGAUUACUUUUCAGAUAUGGCUGAUUUGUUUGUGAUUAUAAUAUGUGUUGCAAUAUAUAUGUUGCCAUUUUUAUAUUUUUGUACCUUUCAUAUCCAAGAACAACACAUGGUACCUGCUUUAAUAAUUGCUGCGUUUAUUAUGGGUAUUUUGGAUAUGUACUUUACUACUUUUCGAAACCAUUUGUCUUUCAUCCUCAGUAUAGUUCCAUUUUAUGCAGUGCUAUCUGCGAUAGAAGAUUAUCACGUUCAUAAAAAAGUGCAAGAAGCUUGCACAAAUAUAACUAUAGAAAAUUGCAAUGGAACUACAAAUUGUUGCUAUUCAAAAUAUAGUUGGGGAACAUCAGGAAGGUUAGAUGAAUUGGCCUUCAUGCUGUUUUUCGGAGUAUUUUUCUUCAAUUGGGUUGUGCUCACGGACAGUGGGUUUAUGAACGAAGUACUGCACUGGGUACGAGACGUGCACAGUGAAUACAACAUAAAUAAGGUAGCACCUGAUGAAUCAGUUGAGGAUGAAAUUACACGAGUGGACAAUAUGACUGAUGCGGAUAUGCAGCAGCAGACAAUCGUUGUUAAUCACGUAACUAAAGUGGAGCAAGAUCAAAAAUUUGUUGUGAACGACGUGACAUUUGCGAUCGAAAAAGAAGAAUCUUUCGGUGUUGUCGGUUUAUAUGGGUCUGGAAAAAACGCUUUAUUAAAUGUUAUUGCAGGUGUAACCCCACCUACAGUUGGCGUUGUCCGAAUCAACAAUAAAAAUAUGAAUGCGUUUUUUAUAAAAGAAAUUUAUUCUGACAUUGAUUAUCUGGCACGAAAGAAUGCAUUGUUUGAAGAGUUCACAGGUUAUCAAAACUUGAAAUUGCAUUUCCUAAUAAAUGGUAUUGAAAAUAUAAAUGAUGUUUGUGAAAUACUACUGGGUUCAUUUUAUUUAACUGAUGUUGCAUCGACGAAAGUGAAACACUACACUACAAUGAAUAAAUACAUGUUACGUAUGGCGGUAGGUUGCAUUAGAAGAAAGUCUAUAGUAUUAAUGGAUAAUCCUAUAAGCAACACCGAUCCUCCAACAACAAUCAUGUUAUGGAGACUUAUCAAUAUAAUGCGAUCGACUGGUAUGACAAUAUUGUUGACAACUAAUAGUAUGACAGAUUGUAAUAUGUGCUGCACACGAUUUGCCAUCUUAUCUGGUGGUGAAAUGAAGUUCAUUGGGACCAAGGAAGAAUUACUAGAAAGGAGUGAAGAUGGAUAUAUUCUUGAAAUUAUUAUUAAUAAUGAUCGCUCAUCUGACGUUUCAAUUAUAAGUAGUGAAGAGAGUAUUAAGAAAGUGGAAUUAAAUGAUUUUAUGCAGUCAAGAUUUCAAAAUCCAAAAUUAAUAUUGAUAUGUUUCCCACGGUUCAAGUUUUUUAUACCACGUAGAAAUAAACUAUGGAAAACCUUCAAACUUAUGGAGAAACAUAAAACCGAAUUGUCUAUUGUCAGUUACUUCGUAACUGAGAAGGAUUUUCAAACAAUUUUAGUGGAAUUUUCAAACGGUGUUUCUACAACUAUUGCAAAUAUUACUCUUUUUGUACUCAAGAAGUUGAAAGCAUGCUCACACACCAAGAUGGGUAAUAGCAUAACGCACGCGUACCAAACUUCUACCACCACAAGAAGCCAUAACUCACGGUACCGCCAACAAGAGCAUGUAGCGGACUUUAAAUCGAAAACCCUGCCAGCACGGCAUACGCGCAGCUCAACAUCAACGCACUACGAUGUAAAUUUCCAUCCAGAUAAUCAGACCACACAAAAGAGUAGCACACAAGGCACACCAAAUGGUGAAACAUCCCGAAUGCUGUUUCUUCUAUACUUAAUACACCGCACCUGGAAUGUAGUUGUGGAUAGUGUGGAUACGCGCAGCAAGAGGUCUCGUAAAUCCAGUAGUGUGCAAUCGGAAUUGAGUACUCCACCGGCAGCAACAGCCGCUACGGCAUAUUUUGAGCAGGAAAACAAAAGCGGUGCUCCUACCAUUACAGAUUUGGAUGAUGAUAUCGAGGCUGCAUCGUCGCUCUGCUGUUCACAGUAUUCGUUUUGCAGCUGCAGUUAUUGCUACGACACAACACAAAACGUGUAUAAUUCGAUUGCAGACGAUUGUUCCAUCGACUCAAUUGAUGCACAUACCAUAUCCAGAUGCGAAAGGAUUUAUGCUAUAUAA